UAGAUUCUUGAUUAUCAUAUUUGUCAAUUGAGUGAUUUUCGAAACUUAUCGCUCGAACGGACAUCGUAGAAGUAUCAAGGCAAUAUGGUACAUCAUUCGAAAAAACAAUCAACAACACGGAUAAAGCGGACCUUUAUUAUACGAAACACAUUAUUAGUAAACGAAGCAACUGUUCAUGUAAAAAAUGGAAAUUACAAUAAAGCCAUAUUUCUGUACAAUCAAGCAUUGGAUAUGAAUCCCAAUGACAAGGACGCUUUAAUAGCGCGAAGCAAAUGUCAUCUUUUACUGGGUGAUCCACAAAAGGCGCUGGACGACGCUGAGGCAGCUUUACGAUUGAAUCCGAAAGAUAGUAAUGCGAAAGCUGUGUACUGCAAGGCAGAGGCUCUGUACCAUCUAGGUGAUUUCGAAAUGAGUUUGAUGUAUUAUUAUCGCGGAAUGAGGAUUCGUCCAGAAUUCGAUCAAUUUCGUCUAGGUGUUCAAAAGGCGAAAGACGCGAUUCAGAACGUGUUACGUAAGAAUUAAUGUGCGUUCUUAUUAACAAUCACACGUAAAAGCACACAAAUGCAUCGAAUAUUUUUAAUGUA